ACCGGCCGCGUCCCGAUCGCAUCACGCCAACCGCCCACGGCCACUCAAUCCCCUGGCAAGAUCACACAGCCAACUUGCUCCGAGCGCCUCCUUCGUGGCCUUUGGACGUUGAUUGGCGGUGUCUGCCACUCCUCUUUCCACAUGCACGUCACACAGAAACCAAAUACAACUGCAGGGCUAAAGUCGCCGCGACCAGUCCCCAGAUUCUUACCCAUCCCGAUGAUCAGGAAUGCCCAGUUCGCCGGCCUCACGUGUGGCCAAAACUACGUCGUACUACGUAGCUACAGGCGCCAUUGAAUCCUUCUUUUCUCUGCUAGCUCGUUCUACCUCGUUGGAGUACACCACAGGGCUUCAUUCAGCCUCUUUCUCCCUUUAUUAGCCACCACAACUCGUUGACAGUCGGCGAUCCAUGCCCUCUUUCGCUCACCGCUCCUGAGCGUCGGACCUACAUCCACGCGACGUUCCACGAUGGCCUAAAACUCACCCGCCUCAUCCACGGACCUGUUGAGUCGGCCAUCGCAGGAUAGCCGUGGUGGUGGCUUGUCUUUGGAUCCGACCCUAAUCGGGCGAUGAUGCUUAGCGCAGUCGGCGACUCUUGCUGGGAGCAGGUGGGCCAUCCCGGUGUGGUUCCCUAGGUUAGCGCUUCUUUGGCUUGCCUGUGCACUUGAGACAGUUGAUUCGAGAGCUGAGUCUGUUUGAUCAUGGCUUUGUCAUGUUUCGCCCCGUUCACCACGGUUUGGGCCUUCUGUGCUCGGCAUGGUCGGGGUCUCGAUCCACCCGUUCCGUCGUGCAUGCCGCAGCACUGGCCUGGAUGCAUCCAUUGCCCAGGAGGUUGGAAGGUUGGUGGGUUCGCUGCCACCAGGAAUCCUUUUGGAUGGACGAAUACGCACAUCAUAUCCUUCUUACAUCACAUUGCAGCAAAACCCCUCCUUCCCCCAAACCUAUGCCUGCAACAGAGCCUCGCAUCGAUUCCUAGUGGGGGCGAUCUCGACUGAGGAGGUAAUUAUUACAUAGUACAUCGAGUUUGCUCCUCCUGAAACAGUCCUAACCAAAAAGCCUCACUGCCGACAACUCUGCCAGUGGCUGGGCCAUGGAAGCAUGGAGCUCGAGCUGCCAGCCCCGAGCGAGGCCAUUUGAAUUCCUCCACUCGCCUUCUCUGUACUCUCUCCUGGCUGGUGCCCGCUCGCGUUCCCCCUCGAAGAGGGCCUCAACCCCUUCACCGACUUUUACACGACGCCGCUACCAGUGGCCCGCCUGGUUCGCCCGCCUGGUUCGCCCACCUUGCCGUCCCACCCCAACUCAGGAGUCAGGGUCCGAUCCAGCCACACUAAAGAGGCAGCUGGCCGUCGCCAAGCUAAUAAAGGUUGGUUCGUUGCCGCUCUGCAGGACAGACGCCAAAGACGCAACGCCGUGACGUGAGUCUCUGCCAACAACCCCGGCCAGAACUGGCCACGGGCCACAGAGCGAUCCCGCGGGUGUACUAUGCAGGUUGACCGUCGGUUGACCGUUGCUACCACGAGGCCAAUCUCUCUAGAAUUAAGGUCCUAGCCUCAGAGACAACCGAUUCACCGUAAUAAGAUGCCACUGCCGGCAUUGUGUGACGGCUGUGCGGCUGCCGCACAUGCGGGGGCUGGGUUUCUGCGCAAGGACGCAACCAACACCCUUGUUCUUCUCCCCAUGGGCCAAGGCGAACGAGGCCCUGUCGGACGUAGCUAAUCUGGCCACCUCCGUCAGCGAUGCCGGAGUCAAUUUUACCCCGCGCAAUCGAAAACCGACAUUAAAGAAAAGCCGCUUGGGGUUGCGGAGUUGUUGUCACUUUCCGGGCGUUGAAGUACUCUAUCCGAAACUCGUCAUCAACUCUUGUAUACAAAUUACACGACAGAGUUGACAAAUUCAAAUACGAGCCGCAAUGUGACGUGCUUGCGACAUCUUGGAGUUACCGUCGAACCAAUCCAAUAAAAUCCCGGUCUUCGGAAAAUACAGACACGAGGGGUUGCACGGCUGACUCUGAGUCGCCACCCUAGCAAUGCUGUGGCAUCUGCCAACUCAGCCUGCAGCUGGUAGUAGGUACAUGACUGGUCCUGCAUCGUCCAGGGGCGGAGAAGUCCUAAUACCGUCAAACGCUGUUCGGUCGAGACCCUCGUACAAAUCGCCUACCCUAAAAUAGACGUCGAUUGGCUCUCGGUUCGGCCACACUCCGUCCUCUCUUACACCCUCAUGACGAAGACGCUAUUGAUUUGUUCCCAGUAUACAGUUUGGGCGUGCAUAUUGUAGUACAGGCCAAAUUCAAUGGUGGGGUACGCAUUCCACACAGAUCACAGACAAGAGACAGAAGAGGUUCUCACCAACAGGAAGUUUGACAGAAAACGGCCAACUCAGAGGCCCAAGUGAUGGGAUAGUUAGCGUGAUAUAUGAGAACAGUUCAAAAUAAAACCAGCCAGCAAGAAUGAAACAGAGCUGCUGCAGUAGCUUGGGUUAGGGAAAUAAAAUCGAUGAAUCUCUUAGGAAGGAUUGGAUCUAACCGCCUAGACUCUACAAACUCUGGCAAUCAAGCUCCCGAAGUCUCAACUCAUCCCUUCCAACCAUAUCCGUCUUAUACUCAUCUACCCGCUACACCUGGCUCAUGCUUCCCGGGGAGACGUGUGUCUCGAUUGCGUACCCGAGAACAACUUGACAACCUCGUCCAAAGCAUUGGAUCCGCCCUCCCGUCGUUGUUGUUUCUGGCCAUCGUUACUGCCCGCUUGCUCGGCUACGCAUAGUAGCCCGUUCGGCUCUGCUGGACAUAUCCCUUGGCGGCGCAGGCUGGAAAGGCUCAUAAGCGGUAGUCGUGAUGUUAGGCAGCUAACAGGCACCGACCAAGGCGUCCAGCAGGUUCGUCGCCUCAGUCUUCAAAGUCUCUCAUGGUGGUGUGGUUCUAUGGGGGUCCUCUUUGAGGACCUUGUUCUUGGUAGUUAUGUCGUCCGAAUGUACAGCCUUCACAUUGCUAUAUCUAGGUACCCUAGAGUUUAGAUCUUCCUUGUUCUAUCACUUGUAACAUAGAGCCCAAGUCUAAAACACGGGGCCAGUAAAGAUGCACCGCAGAUUAAUAAUAACAUGAAGGCAGAGGAC